ACUCUAAUAACUGUGUUGUAUUGGCCCUCACAGCGUGUGAAGCUGCUCUACUGGGGUUCUGCUCUCUACUAUGGUCGUCCACACGCACGGCUGCAAUUUCAGCACCACAGACAGCUCUCUCUCCAGCUCCAGCCUCGGCACUGCCGCCCCCAUCCUGCGGGGCUCCACGGAGUCCCGGAGCCACGGCGAUCUGAGCCGGACGGGCCACACGGUGGUUGCGGUGUGCCUCGGCUUCAUUUUGGUAGUGGGAAUCCUCAGCAACUUCCUCGUUCUGCUUAUUUUCGCAAAGUUUCGCUCCCUCUGGACGCCCAUCAAUCUCAUCCUGCUGAACAUCAGUCUGAGCGACAUCCUCGUGUGCGUCUUCGGGACACCCUUCAGCUUCGCUGCCAGUUUGCACGGAAGAUGGCUCAUUGGAGAGCACGGCUGCAAAUGGUACGGGUUCGCCAAUUCCCUCUUCGGGAUUGUGUCCCUGGUGUCCCUGUCUCUUCUCUCCUAUGAGCGUUACACCACUGUGCUGCGUUCCUCGAAGGUUGACAUCUCAGACUUCAGGAAGGCCUGGUUCUGUGUCGGAGGCUCCUGGCUCUACUCUCUCCUCUGGACUUUGCCGCCCUUCAUGGGUUGGAGCAGCUAUGGGCCAGAGGGACCUGGUACUACAUGUUCUGUCCAGUGGCACCUCCGUUCAGCCACCAGCAUCUCGUAUGUGUUAUGUCUCUUCAUUUUCUGCCUGCUGCUGCCCCUUUUGCUCAUGGUCUACUCUUAUGGCCGAAUCCUGGUCGCAAUCAGGAGGGUGGGUAAGAUCAAUCUGCUUGCCGCUCAGCGCAGAGAGCAGCAUAUUUUAGUGAUGGUGCUGUCCAUGGUGUCCUGCUUCAUUGUGUGCUGGAUGCCCUACGGCAUCAUGGCACUGAUGGCCACCUUCGGUAGGUCGGGACUGGUCACUCCCAUGGCUAGUGUGGUGCCCUCCGUCCUGGCCAAGUUCAGCACUGUCGUCAACCCCGUCAUCUAUGUGUUCUUCAAUAACCAGUUUUACAGAUGCUUUGUGGCCUUCUUGAAGUGCAGUGGAGAACCCCAGCCUGUUCAAGGGGAAGAGCACCCAGCUAGGAGGACACAGUUCUCUGGUUCCUUCCCCAUCCACAGACAAACUUCCUUCAACUCUCCACAAUGUCAGGUCCUCAGCAGCUCCAGAGGCACUGCCCACUGCAGCCGGCACAACGAUCGCCGCAUUCUUGUUGUCCACUACACUCCGUAAGAGCUUGUGAUCUCAAUUGAUUUUCCAUAUGAAGCUAAAUGUCAU